AUGUCUAGCGAACAAGCCGAGCACGAGGCUACGCACAACGAGUGUGAUACGCACACAGCUGCCGCCGAUACCGAGCCACAACUUAUCUCGGUGCUUACGGCCAUGCAAGCUAGCAUGGAUAGACAAAAUAUGUUCCUUGAACGUAUAUUUAACGAAAAGCAGGCCGCUGAGAAACGGCCUCGUGCUAUUGAUCACGUCGAUGUAGACGAGGCCGAAAAUGGCGAACAAUCUGCUCCAAAGCGAGCCAAAACCGCCCCAAAGUCUGGGCUAGAUUCUGACGGCAAUUACCGUCCAUGUAUAGCUCAGCAAAGUUCUGACCACGAUACAGAAGUGUGCGAAGAUCCUCCCGAGGCAGAGCACGAUAAAAAUGCCGAUGCAUUGAGUUUGUUCGGAGGGCCAGAAUUCGCGGACGAGAUUGAUGACCUCGAUAAUGACAAUCUCCUCUCAAAUAUUGCACUAAAUUUAUCAUCUACAGAGCAAACUGGCCCUCCAAUUCCAGAGCAUCUUGCCAAAACUAUAUACCAAAACUAUAUAACCUUGAUAUUACAAAACUAA